UGACGCGCCUUCUCUACUGACUGAGUACAAAACUAAGCCUUGUUUUAAAAAUCCAGGGAAAAUAUAUCCUAGUGCUUUAAUGAAUGAUUUUUUUUUCUGUUUUCUUUGCUAUCAUAAUCCUUAACGAGUCGUAAUAUCUAGUAUUCGCGCGCAACAACACUGCGAGGCGAGCUGACUGGAUCCGUGGUCUGAUGAGGAAGGAUGGCGGAGGACGUGAAGGGAGAGUCGGUGGCUUCUAACGAUGAGUCGGACCGAGCAGCAUCUGACGAGAGCCUAAGUAACACGAUGCUGACAGAAGGCUCCUGUCUUCUGCGGAGGAUGGAGAUCUGUGUUGCUGAAGCUGAGAAAAGGAGCGGUAAGAAUGCAGUCAGCAUGCAGGAGACCUACACUGUGUACCUGGUUGAGACAAGGCCAAUGGAUGCAAUCGCAGAAGGCCGUAAUCCACCGCCUGACUCUCUGUGGAGGCGAUACAGUGAGUUUGAACUGCUGAGGAACUAUCUGAUAGUUACAUAUCCAUACAUCGUGGUUCCUCCUCUGCCUGAGAAGAGGGCAGAGUUUGUAUGGCACAAGCUUUCUGCAGACAACAUGGACCCAGACUUUGUGGAGCGGCGCAGGAUUGGGCUGGAGAACUUCCUGCUCCGUGUAGCCUCUCAUCCAGUUCUCUCCAACAACGAGAUGCUUUACCACUUCCUCACCAAGGAGCAUGGCUGGAAGGAAAUGGUGUAUGAGACGGGUUUCCAGACAAAGGUACAGGCAGAUUCCAGACUCAGAGCUUUGAGCGCCACCUUCAGGGUGAGAAGUCCACAUAAACGCCUAGUGGAGAUGAAACAUUACAGCGACGGGCUUCAGUCUCACACUUCUCAGCUGCUUCGAGCACGAACUAGGGUUGCUGAUAGACUAUAUGCUGUUUACAAAGUCCACGGAAACUAUGGACGAGUCUUCAGUGAGUGGAGUGCCAUAGAGAAAGAGAUGGGAGAUGGACUGCAGAGCGCUGGUCAUCACAUGGAUGCCUAUGCUGCCUCAGUAGACGACAUCUUGGAAGAAGAAGAACAUUAUGCUGACCAGCUGAAAGAAUAUCUGUCCUAUGCUGAAGCUCUGAGGGCAGUGUGCAGAAAACAUGAGCUGAGCCAGUUUGAGCUGGAAAUGGCUUCCCAGGACCUCAUCUCUAAGAAGCAGCAGCGUGAGGAGCUGGCCACCGGGAUAGUGCGCACUUUCUCCUUAAAAGGCAUGACCAACAAGCUUUUUGGGCAAGAAGCACCUGAGCAGAGGGAGGCCAAGCUCAACCUGCUGGAGGAGCUGAUAGCAGAGGGGGAAGAGACUGUGAAGGAGAAAACAGCUGAGUGCGAUGAGCAUGCUGAAAAGGCGUGGGCAGACAUCGUCCGUUUUAAGGAUCAGAAGGACAAAGAUCUGAAAGAGGCGUUCAUCAACUACGCUCUCAUGCAAAUCAGCAUGUGCAAGAAGGGAAUACAAGUGUGGAGUAAUGCCAAAGAAUGCUUUCUUAAGAUGUAGAGUCAAAGCCAUACAAGUUCUACUAAUAUAAGUGAAACCUGUGGGCACAUUUAUGCACAUGAACAUCUUAUCCAAGUACUUUGAAGGGGGUGGGGGAGAAGAUAAAAAUGACCUGGAACCUGAUGUUUAAACUUUUAAUAUUUUCAAAAGUUACAUGCUGGAGAUUGUUUCUAUGCUGUUGGAUCUAUAAGAAUGAGCACACAAGAAUGAGCAAGACUGGGAGGAUGGGCUGGUGAGGCUGAAACUAGAGGAGAAGGUAUGAAAAUAUCUGAAGCUUAAUCCAAAGGUAUAGAGUGGGAGCAAAUCAUUAGCACCUCAAAAGCUCAAAUAUUAGCUGAACCCUGACUCCAAACCCUGGGAGGACUUACAACAGAGCAGGAGGAAGCCCAAACCAUUCCUUCCACCAAACUGACUGGACAAGGAUCAGAUCCCAGACCACAGCAUCUUCACCUGCCUUUAACCGUACAGCCAUGUAGAAUAUUAAAGAGGGUAGAAUAUCAAUUCUGCUGCCUGGAAAUUAAGUCUUCAGUCAGAGGUCUCUGCAGAUUGGUUGCUAGACUGACUGCUACCAGAGAUUCUUUCCACCCACAGCAUCACCAUACAAAAUGAUUCUUUGAAGAUACUUUGAUGAAUUUAGUUUUCAUUUCCCUUUCAGAUAAAUAAAGUAUUUUUGAAUGGAAUUUAA